CGUUACUCAAGUGCUCUUUCUGAAAAUGUUAGAACCCUCGAAAUCCAAAUGCGAACGGCGAACGAUCGACUGUGACGCGAGGUUCGAUUUCUUCUCCUUCCUUUCCUUAUUCAUCUUCUCUCCUAACUUCACCGUGUUUUUUUGUCCCCUAUAUUCUCCGAUUAAGGCGAUAUGGCUAAACUCGAGCCACGGCUUUAUUUCUUGUCCAGGUGCUCAAUGGAACAUGGGAAGCUCAACUUUGUGGAAAAGGAUGGCUCCAAUUUUGCAGGUGCGAUUUUCAUGUCCAACCGUGAAACAAAGCUUGAAUGUCUUCAGAGGAAGCUUUUUGGCCUUCCACUUUCAAAGUCCAAAUUUUUGAAGCAAGUUAAAGCUGGGAUGAUUUUGUUUCUUUUUGAGCACGAGGAAAGGAAACUUUAUGGGGUGUUUGAAGCAACUUCUGAUGGUGCGUUAAACAUCAUACCCGAUGCCUUUAGAUCAACAGGGCAGUCAUAUCCUGCACAGAUUCUUUUCAAGAGGAUCUGGAUGUGCAAGCCUCUGUGUGAAGAUGAAUUUCGUAGUGCUAUUGAAGAAAAUUACUACAGCCCAAACAAAUUCCACUUUGGUCUGUCAUAUGAGCAGGUUAUCAAGCUGACUCACUUGUUUUAUUCAAGGAAGAUUAACAUAAAGCAGUAUAAGCGAAAUGGGAUUCCCAACAAAAUCAUUGAGAAGUUUGAGAACACUGCUGCAGAUGAUGAGGUUAGAUUAAUUGAAACGGGAACACAUUUCAAGUGCAAAUCAGAGUAUAGCAGAGAAGGAAAGAGGGAAGUUAGAAAACUUGCAUUAACUCAAGCUUCGUUGGAUCCCCCAAUGCCCUAUACAAGACAUGUUACUUCUACAAGCAUGCAACAUCCUGUCGCCAAUACUGGAAGAGGUUUAAAUCCAGUGAACCUGUGUCCUUUAUCCUAUCCACAGAACUCCCAUUCCGAAACCCUCAAUUCCCAAAGGUGUUCAAUUUGCCUUUCCUAUGAUCAUAUUGCAUUGCACCAUUUCUCUAUCGAAAAACCGCCCUCAACUAUUUCAGAGAUUGAAUAUAAACCUUUACCUCUACCUUCAUCUUGUUAUAUGUCCAAUUUGGAUAACAUGGUGGCUCCAUAUUUGAUGGGUGUAACCGAUCACUCAAGCCCGGAUACUGUAGCAUGUGAGCGUUCUUGUAAUGACCCCAGCAUUAUACCAAGAGCGGCCAUUAUUCAAGAAGACGAUGCUUUCACAUCAUUGCAUGUUACGAAUGAUUUGAGUUUUCAAACUGAAGUUGUGCAGAACGAUUGUCUUUCUAGAGCACAGCCAAAUCAGGUAUUUGAAUUUUCUGAUUACCGUCCUUUAGUAGAAGAAUCACAACAAAAGCUUGUCAGCAGGGAAAUUCAGAACUCUAUUUUGGAUAAUUCUGAAUAUAUUCCUUCUACAAUACUUAAUUCUUGCAUUCCAAGUGCAUGUAAGGAAAUUUCUAAAUAUGGCUAUAUUGCUGAUGGAUAUUCUGAUGAGCUGAAGACUUAUCAGAGCAUGGAAGCUGAUCAUGCAGAUUUUGAUUUGAAUAGGACCAGUGUUUUUUCUCGCUUGUCCCGGUAUCAAAAGGUUUGUAAUCGGGAGACUCCUGAGCCGUUGAGCGAUGAGCCGUCUGGGGACUUACCUCUUGACCAGUUUUUGAACAACCUUUCCACAAGGAGAAAUUCGUGGAGUCCUAUGGAGGUAUCCAAACAUUCAACGGAAUGGGAAACAGGACUCUUCGAUCAUCGUAGUGGAAAUCAGAAUAAGAUUACACAGCUACCAGCCCAACCAGUGGACAGGUGUAAAAUCAAUCAAUAUGAGCGCAUUACCAAAGCAGAACAUGUUGGAUUCACUUCAGCCUUGGACGGUGACCUAAGUAAUGAUGUUGUGGCUGAAGAGAGUUUUGAAAUUCCCUUUUAUAAUUUCAGGCGUAGAAACACGAGCCAAAAGCAUGAAGGUCAAGAUGAUUCUAGUAAGUAUGGUGAUGUAUGUGGACGUGAAGUAAAACUAAUGAAUAGUAAGAGGAGGAGAAUAGUAAGACCUUCAUUGCAUGAAGAGAUGCAUCAAGAUGUGAAGGAGGAAGCAGAAGUGAAGAAAUCUGCUCAAUUGAACGAGGAAACAGAAGUUGAGUUGUCUGCUCAAGCGAUUUUGGACUCUAAAAAUGAAAGUAAGGCUAAUGUUGUAGAUAGCUUCCUUGAUAGCAUAGUUCCAAUGUUGCGAGCUGUUAGAAAAUAUGAACCGACAGGGGAAUCACUUGAACAGAAUCAGGGGACAUCUGUACAUGAAUCCUUGGAUUAUAUUCCAAUUGGUUAGUAACCUGAUCAAAUAUCAGUAUGAUGGCUGCAUACUUGUUUGCUUGGCUACCAUUGGUAUACUAGUGCAACUUCUAAAAUACUGUAAGAACCAAUACAGAACCUGACCGCUUAAACUUUUGUUGUUCAGCAAAGCAACGUGAGGGUUCUUUUGUUCUUUUACUAACAAUGCUACUCAUGUUCUUUUUUCUAACAAUGUUCAUGUAGAAAAUACAACUGCUGCUGAAAUAAAAUCUUGCUUAAUUAAAAUAUAUGGCAGUAAACAAUGCUGUUCCAGAGAAGGCGUCAAAUCAUAUGCUCUGAGUCACCUGCAAUUGCAGCUGUAGGUAUGAAAUUUAGGCUGUUACAUC